AUGGCAAAACAGCAAGAUAAGAACUCAAAGGACCUUUACCAGAUAAAGCUGAUCAUGUAUGAUGAGGGCAAUGUGUUAGUGAAAAAAUCAGAGAUACUGAAGAGAUGGCAUGAAUACUUUAAUAAACUAAUGAAUGAGGAGAACCCUAGAUAUAGCAGGCAAGAGACCCAGAAAGUCGUGGAGGAAGAGACUAGUGGAAUCACAGGCGAGGAGGUGGAGAAAGCUCUAAAGAAGAGGAAGAAUGAGCUGAACAAAAUCAUAACGGAGGAGAAAAUCCCAGAUGAAUGGCGGAAAAGAUCUUUAAUACCAAUUUACAAGAAUAAAGGAUACAUCAUGAAAUGUGGCAACUACAGAGGCAUCAAACACAUGAGCCACAGCAUGAAACUCAGUUACAAGAGAAAUUCAGACUUACUCAGGGUGUUUAUUGACCUGGAGAAAGCCUAUGACAGGGUGUCAAGAGAGGAGCUCUAUUCCUUUUUGCCAUCAUGGACUCACAAAUGA